AGAACGCAUGUGCGGAAAAGCGAACACGGAUAGCAUUCGAAACGUACUAACCGAAUAAAACAGAGUCGAGCCAAGUUAAUAAAGUGCUAGCCAAGCUCCACCAACAGAGUUCAGAAACUGUCUGCGUUAGCCCAAACCAAUUAGCCAAGUUUUUCCGUUGCGUGUGAUAAUGUUCAAAGGUGUGCCAACGCUUGCGAAUCUGCGUUUGUUAAAGAGCCAGCGGGAGGCCUAUACAAUAGUUAAUGGCCUGGUGCUGACGCGACGCUCGAAAGCUACGGCAUUGCCCCUGGAGCUGACGGACGCAGUUAGCCGGCGCAAUGUAUUGAAUGGGGACUACAAACAGGAGUUUUUGGAUCGCGCCAAGUACGGACAUACUGGCAAACAGUUGCAGCAAAAAAUUGCUUCAGAGAAAAAAAUGCGAGCCCCACCGCUGCUGAAUCUGGUGUUUGCCAAUCGGAAAUUAUCCUUCUACGACACAAGUAGCGGACCCAAGCCCAGCGAGGACCAUGGAAAGGGAACUCAGAGACGCAACUAUUCAAUGCGACCUCAUCGGGAACAGGAGCAGCGCAAUGCCGAGGAUGUGCUCUUCGACAUGUUCGCUAACGACGAGACUGGCCUUAUAUCUAUGGGAAAGUUCCUGGCCGGGCUAAAGACCACAGGCAUACGACGCAAUGAUCCCCGAGUGCGUGAGCUCAUGGAUAAUCUGAAGAAGGUACACAAGCUAAACAACUACGAAACCGGUUCAUCGGCGGAGACGCAGCAUCUUAACCGCGAAACGUUCAAGGCUGUUGUCUCGCCGAACAUUGUGCUAAUAGCCAAAGCAUUCCGUCAACAAUUCAUCAUCCCAGACUUCUCGAGCUUUGUGAAAGAUAUCGAAGACAUCUACUGGCGCUGUAAGAGCAACACCCUCGGCAAAUUGGCCGACUACAUUCCCCAAUUAGCGCGCUAUAGUCCCGAUUUCUGGGGCGUUAGUAUCUGCACAGUGGAUGGACAACGUUUCUCUAUUGGAGAUGUCGAGGAGCCAUUCACACUUCAGAGUUGCAGCAAACCUCUAACUUAUGCCAUUGCCCUGGAGAAGCUGGGCCCCAAAGUGGUUCAUUCGUUCGUUGGCCAGGAGCCGAGCGGCCGCAACUUUAAUGAGCUGGUCCUUGAUCAGAAUAAGAAACCGCACAACCCGAUGAUCAAUGCGGGCGCUAUUCUCACUUGUUCCCUGAUGAAUGCCCUAGUCAAGCCGGAUAUGACCUCCGCAGAAAUCUUCGACUACACCAUGUCGUGGUUCAAGCGCUUAUCGGGUGGCGAGUACAUUGGCUUUAACAACGCUGUCUUUCUGUCGGAACGGGAGGCGGCCGAUCGCAACUACGCUCUAGGCUUUUAUAUGCGUGAGAACAAAUGUUUCCCCAAGCGCACGAAUCUCAAAGAGGUCAUGGAUUACUACUUCCAGUGCUGUUCCAUGGAAACUAACUGCGAGGCCAUGUCCGUGAUUGCGGCCAGCAUGGCCAAUGGUGGCAUCUGUCCCACCACUGAGGAGAAGGUCUUCCGUCCGGAAGUUAUUCGAGAUGUGCUCUCAAUAAUGCACUCAUGCGGCACCUACGACUAUUCCGGUCAGUUUGCCUUCAAGGUAGGGUUGCCAGCCAAAUCGGGAGUCAGCGGCGGCAUGAUGCUGGUCAUACCUAACGUUAUGGGCAUUUUCGCUUGGUCCCCACCCCUGGAUCACUUAGGUAACACCGUUCGCGGUCUCCAGUUCUGUGAAGAACUGGUCAACACUUUCAACUUCCACCGCUACGACAACUUGAAGCAUCUAUCGAACAAGAAGGACCCCCGCAAGCAUCGAUAUGAAACGAAGGGUCUGUCCAUUGUGAAUCUGCUUUUCUCGGCUGCUAGUGGCGAUGUCACGGCACUACGCCGCCAUCGUCUCUCGGGUAUGGACAUAACACUGGCCGAUUACGAUGGACGCACAGCUCUACAUUUGGCCGCUUCGGAGGGCCACUUAGAGUGCGUGAAGUUCCUUCUGGAGCAAUGCCACGUGCCCCACAAUCCCAAAGAUCGGUGGGGUAACUUGCCCGCAGAUGAGGCAGAAAACUUCGGCCAUGCCGAGGUGGUUGCCUUUUUGAAAGCGUGGGCCGAAAAGGCUCCACAAGCCGAAGAGGAGUACAAGAACGAGGCGGUAACAACAACCACCCAAGCAAAUGAGGAGAUUGAUAGCACCAGCGAUCUGGAUCGUAGCAACAAUACCAGCCCCGUGCCGUCGGAGGCGGCCAGUACAGCGAGCGUAGCCAGUGCCACCAGUGAUGACAAAACCAAGCCAGGAUUAUAGGAUCUCCAGCGCUAGACCCACCUUCACCCGACCUUCUUUUGGAAUCUCUCGUUUCUGCUUAAAUUAUUCACGAGACGAUCCAGCUAGUACACAGUUUUAGUUAAUUUAGUUCCUAAUAAAUCUAGAUUUCUGUUCGAUAUA